AUGAGGCAGUGCCUGGAGUGUGAUUCGGGGAGGUAUGCCGGUGAAGAAGGUACAUCGCGGUGCAUUUCUUGUCCAGCUGGACGCUAUGCCCCAAGCCCUGCCAGGACGGAGUGUAGAGACUGCCCCCCAGGCAGAUUCACCUGGCUCCCUCAAGCCAUCGAAUGCCUCGAAUGCCCCUCCGGGCGCUUCACUGCAACCACCAGCAACUGGACGGAAUGCCGCAAAUGCCUGCCGGGACGCUUCGCUGGGGGCCCUGGUCUCACCGAGUGUGAUGCUUGUCCCACCGGUCGAGCUGCCCCGGAAGAGUCCAGGAGCUGUGAAGAGUGCGAUGUUGGCCGCUACUCCAAGAAAGAUGGAGCUUCAAUGUGCAAGUUCUGCAAGCCCGGGCACAUGCAGAAUAAGCGGGGGAGGUCUUCCUGCAAGGGCUGUGGCUCUUGGUAUUGGCCAAGGUCCUCAUUGCCGGACUACUCAAACUGCGAAACGGACUUUCAAGCCCUUGCCGGCCUGGUCCUGGUCUUCCUGAGCUCCCUUGGGCUCUUCAGCCUUUCGGGUAAAGUGCUGAGGCACACAGUCCCCCUCCAGGAUGUGAAGCUCGAGGUCUCUCAGAGCAAAGGGCGCCUGAUCCUCACCACGCAUGGCCACCAUCUCCUUCCGUGCACCGGCAUGUCCUGGCGCUCGCCGAGUGCUUUCGCCGCAGUCGAGGAGACAGGCCGCCAGACGACCACGUCCUUCAACAUCGAUAGCUCCCGUGUGAAGCUGAAGCGAUCUCGUCAAGUCCCGAUCAAAAUCUUUGGGACCGGACAUCCUCAGCUGGAUGCAGAGUGCCAGACAGAGGGUUGGGUCUUUCCGGCAGCAGCUGCGGCAACCGCCUCUGCGAUUCUCAGCAUCGCCGAGAAGGUAAGGCACUACCCUGAGCCGGAAGACCCGGAGGUCAGGGAGUCUCCAAGGUUUCUGGUGCAGGCGGUGACCUCCCAACACCUCCUACUGCUCAGCCCUGAGGGCCAUCCCGAAACUCGUGCCCUCGAAACUUCUCAGGGACAUCUGGUGGUGACUUUUCCAUCCACGCUCUGGGCCGUUUGCCCUUUUGGAGUGCCACUCUUUGUCCACCUCUCAACUCUGCUGGCGCUCUUCGCCGCGCCGGCCUGCGCCUUCCUGCGGCGGUUCUUGGGGCUCUUUGCCAUCGCUGUCGGCCUAAGCCUGGUCGUCGGCGCUGGCCUGGCAGCUUUCUGGGGCCACAGGACCUUCACGCCUCUGCAGCUGAAGCUGAUUCGGCACAAGCUGGAUCUGCAGCAGGCGGUGCCGACUCCUCAGGAGUGCCCUCGGGGUCCAAGCCGUGCCGUUAAGGGUGGGCAGCUCUGGUGCUUCUACGACACUUUCGAGCCCUUCAUCCGCAGUCGGACCUUGUACUACGUGGUUGCGAACAUCAUCAAGCCACUGACCAGGGAGGCUCAACUCUCCUACGCCGAGGUGGCGGGCCCGCACGAGACGGGCUGGUUUUGCUCCCACUUCUGGGGGACCUCCUUCGCGCAUUUCGUCCGCUCCAUCUGCAAGCAUGCGGAAGCCGCAUGUGGCUUGCAUGGCUGCGCCUGGCAGGACAUCACAUACUGGAUCUGCAGCUUCAGCAAUAACCAGUGGAGGAUCCAAGAAGAGCUGGGGAUCUCUUGGGAAUCCUCCUCCUUCUAUUUGGCACUCAAAAGCCCGAGAUGCUGUGGAACGGCUAUGGUGGUCGACGACUAUGCCAUGCCAUUGACACGUGCCUGGUGCCUCUUCGAGGUGCUUCAGACCCGGCUAAAGGAGAACGAGGCCGACAACUUUCAGGGCCUUUGGCUCUGUACCUCAUCAGGAGUGCUCCAUGAAGGGAAGGCCGGCGUCGACGUGGCCAUGCGCAUCGCGGAGCGGCUGGCAACACUGCGCUUGGAGGAUGCCACGGCCUCCGUGAAGAAGGACAAGGACAUGAUCGACGAGCUCGUCGCACAGAUGCCAGGUGGGUUCCCUGCAAUGAACCGGUUUGUUCGUCAAAAGAUUUACGAUGCCCUGCUGGCGAUGCGAUCAUCGUUUUCAGCAGAUUUUAACACCCUGCUGCAAUCGCUGCACGGGGAGACCAAUACGCUUCUGCAAUCCUUGCACACGCAAGGCGGCGAAAGCCCUCCCACAAGCUUGCCUAUGGCAAUGCAGAAGUAG